UGUGUGUUCCUACCUGAAGCCAGUCUUUUCUGGGAACUGGCAGGGCUGACAGGUGCACAGGCAAAUGGUGGUGAGGUGGUAAUAUUAGACAAGGGCCCGGAAGUCGUCAGGAUAUUGAAGCCCGGGAGCGAGAACAACCCUCGCGAAGGUCUCUCAUACAAAUAUAUUGACGAUUCAAUAGCGUAUGGACGCGUCCCUAGGGGCAAAGCUCUCGAUGCAUACAAAGUCAAGCCUUCUGCGCCACGGCCAAUGGGCGCAACACAUAUUCCCAGAAAAGGCACGAGAACGGAUUUCAAUUUAGCAGAUGACCGAAUUCUCUAUGAUUGGGUUCAUCAGUUUGAAAAGACGCAAGAUCCGCUCAGCGGCAACAGGAUUUAUCAAGAUUUGGCCGAAAGGUUCCCGCAACAUCCAUGGCAAUCGUGGCGUGGGCGCUAUUUGAGAAAAUUGCGUGGAAAGCCUCGCCCAGGGGGUGGAGUUCCCAGGCCUGACCUGCUUCAUGGGGUUGGACCAGAGUCUACAAGAAACCAUAUACAGCAGCUUCCCUUGACAACUGCACAGUUCAGGCCAUCAGCCAAUUUGACUUCACCUACCAUGAGCUCAGGAGACUCCAACUCAAAGCGAAAAUAUCAAUCGAGUCCUCUAACGCCCAACUUUCCGGCGGAGGCAGCAGCAUCUUCACCAACGAAAAGAAUCAAGCUCGAAAGCUCCGAGCCCCCUAUAUUUGCGGGACAAAGCUCAUCUGGCGAUCAGCUCCAUUCAUCCUCAAGAACUUCAAAUCUAGCAACACAUUCACAAGCCAUUCCUCACACCCAGCAUUCGCAUUCUACCACCCACUCGACACAAUCGUCACCACGUACACAAUCAAUGCACAACCCAAUGCACGAGUCAUUAGGUAAUUCCCAUGGUCAAACAGAUCCAAACUUCCUCGAUCUACCAUUUCUAUCUUCAAGCCCAGAACCAGACGACGGUGAAGAAAGUGAGGAAGAAGAUCUUCCAGAUGUCGACGGCUGGAUUAACAUGCAACUGGCGCGAGGAGGAGUAGAUGAAGACACAAUUAUCGCGGUUUUGCGCUCUGCGACUAUGGACCAAGGUCUUGCUGACAAGGUGCUGGAAAAUUGGGGGGCAGGAUCGGCAGUCCCCGAUAGCAUGCCUGGGGUAUGGACUGCCGAAGACGAUCGGUGUUUGGAAGCCGGAGAUGCACGGGACGUUCAACGAGUGAUGACCAAACAUGGGGAAAAGUUACUUAAUACCAGGUGGGAAUAUCUCCGCAUGGCCAGGGAGAGGGGCCUGCUUUGA